UAUGCGAUAUUUCGUUAGACUAGAUCUAGCUGUGCUCGUGUUAAGUAGUGACCCACGUGCUUCAACUAUGGAUGUUGCGGAAAAGUUCGAAGAAAACUCACCACUCUUGGUGGCCAACGGUUCGAGAAAAGUUAACCGGAAUUGGUUUCGAAAUGUAACUGUUGAACCCGUCGCUUUUCUGCAUAGUUUCGGUUGGAGCCUUUCUGGUAGAAACCUUAGAUUGUUCAUAAACAUAUAUCUAAUCAGGUGUUUGCUUCAAAAUUUAUAGAGAUCAUGUUAACCAACCAAAUAGUGUAUCAAUCUUGUGUGGUAACACUGGAAUCGAACGAGACUGCUUGCUCUCUUUUAAAGAGUUCCGGAGUGUCGGACAAUCAAACGAUUGCGAUUUAUCUAGAAGAAAAGGUUCAACCAUAUGCAGCUACCAUCUCUAUGACUAUUGUUUUGCUCACAUCAGUUGUUCCUGCAUUAGUUGCUCUGUUUCUUGGGCCAUGGUCGGAUAAGUUUGGCCGAAAGCCCGUCAUAGCGAUCGCUGCAGUUGGAUAUAUGCUAACAGAGAUUCUGAUCGCAUGGAUUAGUUACCUGUCGUCGUAUUACGCUUUAUCGCCGUGGUUGUAUGUUGUGGCGAAUAUUCCUGUGGCAGUUUCCGGAGGAUAUUCAGUAUUCAAUGCUGGGAUAUUCAGCUACAUGAACGAUGUAACGAAUGAGAAUAACCGAACAAUGCGCAUGGGCGUCUUACAAGGAUUCACCAUGCUUGGAGUGCUUAUUGGAUUGCUAGCCAGCAGUUACAUGGUGAAAUUUGUAACAGUAACAACAAUGUUUUCGAUUUCAGCGGUAAUCAUGUUUAUUAGUGUAAUGUACUUAAUACUAGUUACCAAUGAAUCUAUCACAACGAAUAAUUUGCAUUCAGCGAUACAGCAACUGAAGGCGAUCUUCAACGUUAACUUAGUCGUAGAUAUGCUACAAACGUUUUCAAAACCUAGGCCCAACUACGAACGAGCCAUCACGUGGCUAUUGAUAAUAGUUGGUGGCUUUGUAGAAUUUGCCGUUGCAGGACGAACUCUGUUUUUUUUAUAUACAAGGCGGCAGUUCUGUUGGGAUGCAGUAUCGUACGGAUUUUGGCUGUCUGCAGAACUUGGACUAAUAAUGCUUGGCAAUUUGUUUGGCAUUGCACUUCUCAAAAAACUAUUCAAUAUUUCAGACUUAGGUCUGCUUGCUCUGUCCACAGUGAAUCAAGUUGGAGAUUACCUUGUCAAAGGAUUUGCCCGGCAAGGUUGGCAGCUCUAUUUGACCACUUUUAUGACACCAUUCAAGGGAGUGGAUGGCGCUGCAGUUCGGUCUAUUCUAUCUAGCAUUUUACCCAGCGAUGAAAUUGGCAAAAGUUACUCUAUGGAUCUUUCGGUGAAAGCGAUCACUCCACUCAUAUCGGUAUUCUUGUUUACUUACAUUUAUAACAGAACCAUUGACAAUGUUCCCUCAACGUAUCUGUUUGUAACUAGUGCAAUAUUUGGAAUAAAUCUAUUGCUCAUUGGAGUGACGCAGUAUCUAUUGAACAAACGAAACCAAUCAAUCAUCAAGUUGUAGGUAUCAUAUAUCAUAUACUAAAC